UCACGGCGACGCAGUUAACGACGGCCGUCAAGAUGGUGCUUGAAAGUACUAUGGUCUGUGUGGACAACAGCGAGUACAUGCGAAAUGGAGACUUUCUGCCCACCAGGCUGCAGGCUCAGCAGGAUGCAGUUAAUAUUGUUUGUCACUCCAAGACUCGCAGCAACCCUGAAAACAACGUGGGCCUCAUUACCAUGGCAAACAACUGUGAGGUGCUGACUACACUGACUCCAGAUACGGGGAGGAUACUGUCCAAGCUGCAUGCUGUGCAGCCCCGUGGAAACAUUAGCUUCUGCACUGGCAUCAGGGUGGCACAUUUGGCACUGAAGCACAGACAGGGAAAAAACCACAAGAUGCGCAUUAUUGCAUUUGUUGGCAGCCCCGUGGAGGACAAUGAAAAAGAAAUGGUCAAAAUGGCAAAGCGUCUGAAGAAAGAAAAGGUCAAUGUGGAUGUCAUUAAUUUUGGAGAGGAGGAGAUGAACACAGAGAAGCUGACCUCCUUCAUAAACACACUUAAUGGUAAAGAGGGAGCAGGCUCCCACCUGGUGACGGUGCCUCCAGGUCCCAGCCUGGCCGACGCUCUGUUGUCCUCCCCCAUUUUGGCUGGAGAAGGUGGUGCAGUGUUGGGCCUGGGCGCCAGUGACUUUGAGUUUGGAGUGGAUCCUAGUGCAGACCCAGAGCUGGCCUUGGCUCUCCGUGUGUCCAUGGAGGAGCAAAGGCAGCGACAAGAGGAUGAAGCUCGCAGAGCCGCUGUUGCAUCGGCUGCUGAAGCUGGCAUUGCCUCCCCUGCUGCAGAUGAAUCCGAGGAUGCCCUGUUGAAGAUGUCUGUUCCACAUACAGACUCGGCCACACCUGCCCUACCAGAUUUCAGUCGCAUGACAGAGGAUGAACAGAUCGCCUACGCUCUGCAGAUGUCCAUGCAGGGAGCAGGAGCAGAGUUUGGUGCUGAGGACAUGGACACGGGUGCUGACAUUGAAUCCAGUGAAGCCAAGGAUGAAGAGGACUACGACGUUAUGCAAGAUCCAGAGUUCCUUCAGAGUGUUUUAGAAAAUCUUCCAGGGGUUGACCCCAACAAUGAGGCCAUCCGUAACGCCAUGGGCUCGCUGGCUUCCCAGACUGGCUCUAAACCUGACACCAAGAAGGAUGAGGAGAAAAAGAAAUGAGGAUCCAGAGAAAAGAGUUUAAUGUUUAACAACAUGAUAAAUAAAUAAAAAGUGAGAAUUGCACUGCAUGUGUCAUUCAAGGCUACCAUGUUACUCUCCUCACUACAGGAAAUAUUUGUUCAUCCAUUGUUUAUGUCAUGUGUCAACUGUAAACCUUUUUGCCUGUUCUGUUUUGGGGCCUACUCUGAUCAUAACCCUUUUUUUUUGUGUCAAGCACAUGUGCUUAAUUUUGAAUCUUUUGUAAUAACAUGGACAGAUUUCCUCAAUAAAUUUACAAAAUACAAGUGCA